AUGAUGGAAUACGCCGAUAAUACGCUUGUUGAACCCAAAUUUCCACAAGAGCUACUAGCCGAAGUCAAGAAGGCCCAUGAUGAAGAGGCUGAAAGAGAAAGUGUUGCCUCACAAGAUAAAUUAUUCGCGGUCUUUAUUGUCGCUCACGAAAGAAAGAUGGUCGCUGCCGAGUCGGAAUUUAUAAUCGAGGGAGUCUACAGUGCCCUGGAGAGAGCCAACAAUAAAAUCAUGGAAACAUUCAACAAUCACUAUCCCGAAAAUCCGGCUUCCUCCCUCUACGCCCAAGGCGUGUGGGAAAGUAUCGGCUCGAACUCAGUGGGCUGGUAUGUGUCUAGGAAUGGGACACUUUUAUUGGAGGUUGAGGACGACGAAGCGAAUAAAUGCCGGGUUUACGCAGAGAGACACGAAGUGGAAUGA